CCGCUUGACAUCAUCGGGCCGAGCAUUGGAUUACAGCAGGCAGGGACUCACCCGGCGGGGAGCAGAACACGCCCCUCGGCCCCACAAGUGCAACUUCAUUUAGCGGCUCUCGGCGCGAGGAAGCCGCGAGCGUGGAGCUGCCCGCAGCCGCCUCUGCCGCCCCGCAGCGCCGCUUCCAGCCCCGCUCCUCCGGAGACAGCGGGACCCAAGCCGCUGCCCUGCUGUGUAUGGAGCCUGUCUGAAAUCAUGCCCAAAAGGAAAGUCAACUAAACCAGGAUUUUGAAGGAGCAUAGAGAUGCGAUGGAGGUGGAGUCCAGCACGUACACAGACUUCAUUUCCUGCGACAGGGCUGGCCGGAGGAAUGCUGUCCAUGACAUCCAGCGGGAUGCAAACACCAUCAGCAUGCGCAAGCUGACCAAGGACAUCGGCGAGCUCGGCGUCGAAGGGGCAGAGAGCGAAGAAGCCAGCACCUCUUCUGAGAGAGACCCUGCAGCAAGACCAAAGGAGCAAGAGAGCAAAUCCUCCCCAUGAGAGCGCACAGGGGGUGGGAUGGGGCUGCAGGAGGGGCUUGCUUUGAACGUUAAGCAAGAAUUUGUUAUUGAAUCUGUGGACAAAAGCCAACCAGGACCAGCAAGAUGUCUGUCACAUGCCUCUGCUGCAACCUUUUUGUUUCAAGAACUGCAAGAUACUGCACAAGGACUGGCACCUCCAAAAGACUUCUGCUCCCAUCCCUGAUGACUUAGAGCAACACUGCAGUGUUUGUAGUGAUAUGAGCCAUUCUCAAGAUGCCUUAGCUGCAAUUUUCCCCUAUGGGAAAAAAAUAUUUCAGUAAUAAUAUACACUUUCCUGUCCGAGGUACCUUCCCCCUUUGCAAAUUUAGACUAUUAUUUAUUCUGUUUCUGUAGGUUAGAGGUUUAGAUGAUUGUUUUCUCCACGUACUGCCCUCAUCCUGCAUCUCACCCCUGAGCUGGCCUCUGGACCGGGGCGGGCAGCAGCAGGCACCUGCCAGCCCUGCACCUCUGGCCAGACCCAUGCAGCCCUGGGAAGGACCAAAGCACAGCCCCACGUGGAUGAGCUCCACUGACAGACCCAGCAGCAUCAGCAUCUUUUCCUUUGGGUUUUAGCGUUUUAAGGUAUUGUUAAGGGGGGGAGGAGGGAGGGAGAAACAUUUUGCUGUUUUGACUGUUGAAAUUCAGGCUUAACUUUGCAAGCUGUUAGCUGAGAUUAUCUCCGGUAGGAUCUCACACCAUUCUUUUAGGAGACAUGUUUUGUGUUAAAGAUGGUUUGAUAAAACUAUAUAAGCUGUUGGAAUAAACAACACAGCCUUUAAGUACUGAA